AUGGCUCAUCGCGGAAAUUGGCGAUCUCGGGGCAAUAUGGGCAACCGAGGAGGAUCCAACAACUUCAGAAAGUGCAAUCAGCCAGAAAAACUCUGUACUUUCUUUCAGCGUGGCAAGUGCUAUUACGGUGAGAGGUGUAAAUACUCGCACGAUGUGAAUAUGGCUGCCGACUUAAAGUCAAAAUCAGCUGCAUACCAUUCCACAGCCGAUGAUCUGGAUGCUCGGAAUGAAUAUUUUGACUGGAAGAGACUUCUUAGAAAUAAUAUCUUAGGAUCUGGAUAUCCCCAAAUGGAACAUGAGGAGAUACUUCAAUUUUGGAAUGGGGCUCUCGAAAUCCUUGAAAGCGACAGCAGAGAGAAUCAUCAAUCACUGGCCAAAGAUAUUGUGGAUGAUAACCUUCAUGGCCAUAGAUUUAUCCUGGCAACUGUGGAUUCAGACAGUCCAGAAGGAUUGCGGCUUAUUUCAGCUUAUGAUGAGCCGUUUCUCAAAGUCAUUACCCAUCCUUCUCUCUUAAACUGUCUUUCUGUCGAUUCAUUUGUUGGCACUCUUUACACAUCCUUCAGUGGCACAAAUGGAGAUCGAGCAAUCAGAUAUCUGAGAAGUGUUUGUCAGAACCUGAUGAGGAAGUUUGAAGACAGCAACAAUAAUGCAUCAGUCAUCUCUCUGGAUAUGGUAAAGUUGUUGUUGAAUACCCUUCGUCAGCUUUUGUCAAGGGUCCGACACGCUCGAUUCCACGAUGAACUUCCCGCACUACUCGACCUAACCCGCGAACUGGGCUCCAAAAUGACUGAAACAUGCUUGAGAGCAGACCUUGAUGGAAUUGAAAACAAAAUAGAAGUCAUACAGAGCCUGAUCAAUAGCUCAAAUCGAAAUCUUGUUACCUCUACGGCCCAUGAGAAAAAUUCACGGAAGACUGGGCUACUGUCGUCUUUUCCAAUGGAUGUGGAAGUACCUGGAGAAAGACACGACAACGACCUUACAGAGAUAUCUCAAGUUCAGAUUCUUCCUACCUAUGGGGAGAUUGUCAGCAGCAAUUCUGAAUAUCUACCGUCUACCAACUUUCUUCAGCCGCACUUUCUCGACGACCCUUUGGAAAGAUACAUUGACUCAACAUUCCGACUCCUGCGCUAUGAUAUCUUCAGCUCAGCCAAAGAUGUCCUUCGAGAUCUCCUGCAGCAGAUUGAUAUUACACGAAGUCCUUAUCUCCCAAGACAGGAUAACAGGGCGCAUGUUUUUCUGGGAGCACAAGUCAAGCAAAUAUUUAUCAAUGAGAAAAAGGAGCUCGAAGCGACUGUAUCCUUUUCUACUCCACCACAACUACGCAAAAAAACCUCCAGCGAGCAAUGCAGAUGGUGGCAAGACUCUAGUAGACUAGAGGAAGGAAGCCUAGUGUGCUUCUUGACGUCUCAAGGAACUCACCGAAGGCAUAUUUUCCUCGAGGUCACUGUUAAAAAUGCUUCCAAAGCCCGAGAACACGACAACAUGAGUAAUCUUGUCUCUGAUAUGUUUCCCCCUAGUAUUACGGUCAAGCUUGCAGCAUGCAUGCAACAAGAACUUAUCUUACUAGGUCAGCUUUACAGCGAGAAACUCACAGGUAUUUUGGUUGACUUUCACGGUUUGAUCCCUGCCACGUUCGUCUCUAUCUUGAAAAACCUUCAGCGGGUUCAACGUGAAGGGUAUUUGGCAUUUCGAAAAUGGGUUUUGCCAGGCCACAAGGAUGAUGAACAUGGUCACAGCAUACCACCACCAGCAUACGCGCGCAAACCAGGAUUUAUCUUUCCUCUGGCUUCGAUCACAAACGUUGGAGCUGAUACUGUUGCAUUGGACCCGAGUACCCCUGAGUCUAUUGACACCUUGAAGCUACAAACUCAAACCGGGCUUGAUCAUGGCCAGUGCCAGGGACUUAUCGCAGCUCUUACACGCGAGUAUGCCCUCAUCCAAGGCCCACCGGGUACCGGGAAGUCCUAUUUAGGUGUCAAGCUUGUUCAAGUUCUCCUUGAAAUCAAGGCGAAGGCAAAUCUAGGCCCGAUUAUUGUGAUCUGUUAUACCAACCAUGCCUUGGACCAAUUCUUAAAGCACCUUCUUGACGUUGGUAUUCAGAAAAUUAUACGCAUGGGCGGCCGCAGUAAGGCCACUGAGCUUGAAGGCAAAAACCUUCGCGUUGUCAGCAAAGACAUUGGGAAGACGAGGGUAGAGACGCAAACCCUCGGCAUUUCCUACGGAAAACUUGACAAAUGUAUGGAAAAAGCUAAACACGCAAUGAAAUUUCUGCACCAGUCUCGAAAAGGCAUGUCUUGGGCCGCGAUAGAGCAUUUCGUGAACCGCAAAUGGCCCACUAUACAUACACAGCUGAAUAAAAAAGAUCUGGAAGGAUACACAACUGUCGGAUCAGGCGAUGAUAAAUUACUCAACUGGCUUGGAGUCCAAACGAUGAAAACCCGCAAAGACCAGAGCGAGAAUGAAGCUGACAAUGUGAGCUUGGAAGGCCUCACUCGCGCUGCCGAGGAAGACAUUCAUAGUCUCUCAAUACCUGAACGUCGGAUUCUUGCAAUAAGCUGGUUCAAGCGGUGGCAGGAAUUAGAAACUGCCUCUCUUUUUGAGGCUCUUGAUCACACUUCAAAUCUCCGCGAGGAUAUCAAUGCAGUACAUGAUGAGAUCAACCGGCGAGCUCUGAUUCAAGCAGAUGUGGUAGGAAUCACGACCACAGCUUAUGCACGUCAUAUAGAGACACUGCGCCGCAUAGGAGCAAAAAUAAUAAUAUGCGAGGAAGCAGCUGAGGUGAUGGAAGCCCAUGUCAUCUCAGCCCUCAUGCCAGGCGUUGAACACUUCAUUCAGAUUGGGGAUCAUCAACAGUUGCGACCACAGAUUCAAACCCAUUCACUCAGUCUUGAAUCGUCCACAGGAAAGAAAUGGAAGCUAGAUCGAAGUCAGUUUGAGAGACGCGCUGUUGGUGAGCCAGGUCUCAAGCCUGCCCCUGUUGCACAGCUCAAUGUACAGCGAAGAAUGAGACCUGAGAUAUCACAGCUUAUCAGGAGUAUAUACCCAAAACUUGAGGAUCAUGAAAGUGUUAUGACUCUACCGAAUGUUGUUGGAAUGCAAAAAAACCUCUUCUGGUUGGACCAUCGAAUUUACGAAGACUCAAUAGAUGACGGCAGCCGUGUAAAGUCUCAUAGUAAUCAGUGGGAGGUCGAAAUGGUUACUGCUCUUGUUCGACAUCUUGUUCGACAGGGAGAGUACAAGAGCACGGAUAUUGCCCUCUUGACCCCUUAUACCGGGCAGCUGCGGAAGCUCAGGGCAUCGCUCAGCAAUGAUUUUGAGAUUUGUCUCAGCGAGCGAGACUUGGAAACCUUGGCUGCGGAUGGGUUUGAGAAUGUUGAAGAUGAGAAUAUUGAGUCAAAUGGUCAGAAGACGAUAGAGAAGAAGUCGUUACUCCAGACGCUCCGCCUGGCUACCGUCGACAACUUCCAAGGCGAAGAGGCAAAAGUGAUCGUUGUAUCCCUAGUUCGCAGCAACUCUAACAGCAAAGUUGGCUUCCUACGCACUGAAAAUCGCAUCAACGUGCUCCUUAGCCGAGCUCAGCACGGUAUGUAUCUCGUUGGAAAUACUGAAACGUAUCUCAAUGUUCCAAUGUGGGCCAAUGUCCACUCUCAUCUCGCUCUUGCGAAUGCAGUCGGCACGGAAUUAGCUCUCUGUUGCCCUCGCCACCCAAAUACGCCUAUUCUCUGUUCUGAACCUCACGACUUUGAAAGGAAGAGUCCUGAAGGUGGAUGCAGUCUCCCAUGUACUCGUCGACUCGAGCCAUGUGGCCAUCAAUGCCAGGCUAAGUGUCAUUCAGCGGUCUUGCACGACGGCUUUGCAUGUGGAAAACCAUGCCCACGUAUCCGAUCAACCUGUGAGCACGAAUGUCCCAAGCUUUGUGGUGAAGCUUGUGGCCCUUGCAUGACAAAGAUUCGAGAUGUGGAGCUUCCUUGUGGCCAUAUCAAGGGAUUUAUCUUUUGUCACCAGAUGCUUAACUUGGAAGGCAUUAAUUGUGACGUCGAGAUCGAAAAGACUGUUCCUAAGUGUGGCCAUAAAAUUCAGGUUCGCUGCUUCAAGGACGUCACGCUCCCGGACUUCCGUUGCCCUGAGCCAUGCCCAUGUGCUCCAUGCAUCGAGAGAUGCACCUGGUCCUGCACCCACCAAGGCUCAUGCGCAAUGCCUUGCGCGGCGCCAUGCAAUCGACUUCCUUGUGAUGAGCGAUGCACAAAGAUUCUCAAAUGCGGCCAUCAAUGCCCGAGCCUCUGUGGUGAAGACUGUCCAAACAAUCUGUGUCAAAAGUGCGGCGACAAGGGAGAUGCCCGUGUUGACUUCCUCGAAUGGAAAACCUAUUCCGAAAUUAACCUCGAUGAAACGCCAAUCAUUGUUCUUGGAUGCGGCCAUUUCUUCACAAGUGAAUCAGUUGAUAGCUUGGUUGGUCUGGAUGAGGUAUACACGAGAGAAAAAGAUGGGAAAUUCGACGGCCUCCGGGAUGUCUCUUCCUCUCUUGCCAGUGCCAUACCCUCGUGCCCGGACUGUAAACAGCCCAUUCGCCAGUUUGUAACAAAACGUUACAAUCGUGUUAUCAACCGUGCUGUUGCGGAUGAGACUUGUAAGCGGUUCCUUACCAAGGGUCAUACCGACCUUGAUUGCCUUCAAUCGCGUCUGAAUGACAUUGAGAAUGACCUCAAAUCUAAGCCGGCGUUGGUGUUAGAGAAUGUUGGUAAAUCCCAGCGGUAUACGCCCUGUAAACGUAUUGAGAUAGAGGCUUCGAUUCUCAGCAAAAAUAUGGAGACCGAGAAUCAGCCGAUGAAACGGCUCACGGAUGCAGUUGCCAUCUACCAGAACUCUUCAACUGACAAUAUAGCCUCUCUCUCAGCAAGAAUGGAGGCUAUGAACAUAGCAACACGAAAACCAGACAACCAAAUCACCAUCAGCGCACGGCUAGUUAACAUCAAAGCCCGAGAAAUCGUGUUGAGCGAUAUCUUCAGAGUGAUAGAUUCAAGGGGAAGAUAUGCAGCACCACCACGACUAAAAAUUACCUUGACUAAAGCGUUGAAGGAUUGCCGAGACUUGAUAACCCAAGCCAAUGAAGGAAAUCUCUCUCGUAUCGUCAUCACGGCAACCAUCUCAUUCGCCAAGAUCGCCCAGUUCGACGCGUGGUAUCAGCGUACUCAUCCAGGAGAAGUUACAACUGAUCUGCAUCUUAAAGAAAAGUACAAGGGUCUAGAAAAGCUUGAAGAGACCAUUGAAUCAACCCGUGAUCUCCUUGCCGCUGCGUUGAAACUGUGUGAUAGACUGGGGAACUGCCCUGAGCUCCAAGAAAAUAUCCAAGAGAUGGUCCAGCUCUACGAGGGACCGCGGUACGAGACGGUGACUUUAGAAGAACUUCAAUCAAUCAAGACGGCCAUGGUCAGUGGGCGAGGAGGAAUUGCGACUCACUCUGGGCACUGGUACAAUUGCGUCAAUGGACAUCCGGUGAGUAGAUUUCCCCAUUCCUCAAACUGUCUCAAGUUACCCCAGAUCUGA